CUCUCUCUCUCUCUCUCUCUCUCUCUCUCUCUCUCUGUAAUCUUCACAGAGAAAAAUGGCGGCUCCGGGACGGAGUACCGUCUGGGACGGAGUAAUCGAGCUGACGAAGAAGGCUCAGGAACAGUGCGUCGACCCUCACCUCUGGGCUUCCCGCUUAUCCGCCAACUUGAAACCCUUCGUCGAGUUCCCCUCCACGGAGCUCGCGGAGGUUCUCGUCUCCUACAUUUGCUGGGAUAACAACCUCCCCAUCCUCUGGAAGUUCCUCCACAGAGCUAUCGCUUUGAACCUCGUCUCUCCUCUCCUCGUUCUCUCCCUCCUCGCUCUCAGAGUUGUUCCAAACCGGUCUACUCAAUCAGCGGCUUAUAGACUUUACUUGGAGCUUCUCAAGAGAUAUGUUUUCACCAUUAAAGAUCAUAUUACCGGUUCUCACUACCACAACGUGAUGAACUCAGUAGCAAACAUUCUUCGUCUUCCAGAGUUGUUUCCUCUGGAAACAGACAGACCCGGUCUACUUGUUGUAGAGUUCGUCUUUAAGAUGGUCUCACUGCUGCUUGAUGCAUGCUUAACUGAUGAAGGUCUAAUAGAGCUAAGCCAAGACUCCACUUCUCUGUGGCUAAUCAAAUCUCAAGAUAUGGAAAUUGACGAGAAGACCGGAUCUGACGAGAAGUUACAGAGUUUAAACAACAUCAUGGCUAUCGAGAUGAUUGCAGAGUUCCUCAGAGAUACAGUGAUCUCCAGGUUGCUAUACUUGGUCUUCUCCAACAGGGUUUCAAAGUGGCAUGAAUUUGUCAGCAGAGUAAAGUUGCUUGCAGAAAGCUCAUCAGCCUUGAGAAGUUCAAAGGUUGUUAACUCUGGGGAUCUAUUGGAGUUGGUUUCAAAUAAACGAUUUGGAUAUUCUCGUGACAGCAGCAACGAGGGUUCUUUACGCAAAUCAAAUGCAAUUGUGGAUUUUGGAUCUCUUGCUCCUUUUGCUGGCUUAUGCCAUGGAGCAAGUCUCUCUUCACUCUGGCUUCCUCUUGAUCUGGUGUUUGAAGAUGCUAUGGAUGGAUAUCAAGUUAACCCAACUAGUGCUAUUGAAAUCAUUACCGGUCUAGCUAAAACGCUUAAAGGGUUUAAUGGCAGCACUUGGCAUGACACCUUCUUGGGUAUUUGGAUAGCAGCUCUUCGACUUGUUCAAAGGGAAAGGGAUCCGAUUGAAGGACCUAUUCCUCGACUGGACACAAGGCUGUGUAUGUCAUUAUGCAUUGUACCUCUUGUAGUGGCCAGCCUUAUCGAAGAGGGAGAGUACGAAUUCGUCAUGAAAACGCUACGAGGUGAUCUUGUUACAAGUUUGCAGGUUCUUGGUGAAUUCCCUACGUUGCUGGCUCCUCCCCAGUGCGUUGUUUCUGCUGCGAACAAGGCUGCCACGAAGGCAAUCAUGUUUUUGUCUGGUGGAGAUGUUGGCAAGUCAUGCUCUGAUGUCAUAAACAUGAAGGACAUGCCUAUCAACUGCCGUGGAAACAUGCGUCACCUGAUAGUUGAGGCUUGUAUAGCAAGAAACAUACUGGAUACGUCGGCCUACUCGUGGCCUGGCUAUGUUAACGGCCAAAACGACCAAAUACCUCAGAGUCUGUCGAGUGAAGUUCCAUGCUGGUCGUCAUUUGUGAAAGGAGCCCCACUAAAUGCUGCUAUGGUGAAAGCAUUGGUUUCAGUUCCUGCUUCAAGCUUAACGGAGGUGGAGAAACUAUAUGAGGUCGCAGUCAAAGGAUCAGAUGACGAGAAGAUAUCUGCUGCUAUUGUGCUUUGUGGGGCAUCUCUCACACGGGGUUGGAACAUUCAGGAACACACUGUUGAAUAUCUUACAAGAUUAUUAUCCCCACCCGUUCCAGCAGAUUAUUCCGGGGAUGAAAGUCAUCUAAUUGGUUAUGCCUGCAUGCUGAAUGCUAUUAUUGUUGGGAUAGGAUCUGUUGACAGCAUUCAAAUCUUCUCUUUGCAUGGCAUGGUUCCGCAACUUGCUUGCUCACUAAUGCCAAUCUGUGAAGUGUUUGGAUCUUACACCCCGAGUGUAUCCUGGACUCUUCCCUCUGGAGAAGAAAUCUCAGCAUAUUCUGUUUUCUCCAAUGCGUUCACUCUGCUUUUAAAGCUUUGGAGAUUCAAUCAUCCUCCAAUUGAGCACGGUGUAGGAGAUGUGCCCACGGUUGGAUCCCAACUCACACUCGAACAUCUUCUUUUGGUGCGUAACUCUCAUCUUGUUUCCUCAGAGACCCUUAACAAAGACCGGAACAGAAAGAGACUUUCGGAAGUUGCAAGGUCAGCAUCUUGCCAGCCCGUGUUUGUUGACUCGUUCCCCAAGCUGAAACUCUGGUAUAGGCAGCACCAGAGAUGCAUAGCUUCCACGUUAUCAGAACUUACACAUGGAUCUCCUGUCCACCAGACAGUUGAAGCACUUCUCACCAUGAUGUUCAGAAAGGUUAAUUCUGGCACAAGCAGUUCAUCAGGAGCUGCAAGUGAAGACAUCAUUCCAAGACCUGAGUUUCCUGCUUGGGAUAUCCUCAAAGCUGUUCCAUAUGUUGUCGAUGCUGCUUUAACAGCUUGUUCUCAUGGAAGGCUUUGUACUCGUGACUUAGCAACAGGUCUGAAAGAUUUAACAGAUUUUCUCCCGGCAUCACUAGCAACGAUAGUGAGCUACUUGUCGGCUGAGGUGAGCAGAGGUGUUUGGAAGCAAGUAUUCAUGAACGGCAUUGAUUGGCCAAAUCCGGCUGCAAACCUAUCCAAAGUUGAGGAAUACAUAAAGAAAAUUCUCGCAACAACAGGAGUUGAUAUCCCUAGCCUUGCUCCAGCCGGAGGGAGUUCUCCAGCAACGCUUCCUUUACCUCUAGCCGCUUUCGUCACUCUAACCAUUACGUACAAAGUCGACAAAUCUUCAGAGCGUUUCCUCAAUCUGGCCGGGCCAGCACUCGAGUGCUUGGCUGCAGCCUGCCCUUGGCCUUGCAUGCCCAUAGUAGCUUCGUUGUGGACCCAAAAGGCGAAACGUUGGUUUGAGUUUCUUGUUUUUUCUGCAUCUCGCACCGUCUUCCUUCACAACCCAGACGCUGUGGUUCAGCUCCUCAGAAACUGCUUCAGUGCCACUCUCGGGUUAAACGCUGCACCCAUGUCAUAUAGUGUUGGAUCUCUUCUUGGCCAUGGCGGGAUCUUCCCUGUAGCACCGGGGAUUCUCUACCUACGCAUGUAUCGUGCUCUCAGAGACACCGUCCCUGUAACGGAAGAGAUUCUCUCUCUCCUGAUACAUUCUGUGAAGGAUAUAGUACAGAACAGGCUCUCAAAGGAGCUGAAAACAGUGAAGACCGGAUCAAGUUACGGCCAGAGUUCACUAGCAACAGCAAUGACUCAAGUCAAGCUUGCUGCUUCGCUUAGCGCCUCAUUGGUAUGGCUAACCGGCGGCUUAGGUGUGGUCCACCUACUCAUCAAAGAGACCAUCCCGUCCUGGUUUCUAUCGGUUGACCAAGAACAAGAAGGACCAUCUGAGCUAGUUGCGGAGCUAAGAGGGAAUGCCCUUGCUUACUUUGUGGUCCUAUGUGGAGCAUUCGCUUGGGGGAUGGACUGGAGAUCAGCUGCAUCGAAACGCCGCCAAGGGAUCAUGGGAAGCCACUUGGAGUUCCUCGCGAGUGCCUUGGACGGUAAAAUAUCAGUGGGGUGCGAGACAGCAACUUGGCGAGCUUAUAUUACCGGUUUGGUGAGUCUAAUGGUGAGCUGUUUGCCAAGUUGGGUGAUAGAGAUCGAUACAGAAGUGAUGAAGAGUCUGAGCAACGGGCUGAGACGGUGGGGGAAAGAUGAGCUAGCGGUUUUACUUCUCUCCAUGGGAGGUCUUAAAUCAAUGGAUCAUGCCGCUGAGUUUAUCAUUCAUUCGCGUUCCUAGCUUCUUCUAAGUGUUUUGAUCUCUUUCAUAGUGUUUUAGUUGAUUUGCUUGACGGUGGAUAGUUUUGGCUUACUCUACUAGCUAGUGUGAUGACUCUAACACGCAUGUAUAGGGGAUGAUGAAAAGAAUAAAAAUCUUGUGAAGAAUUAAAUGUUCUUUUCUCAUAAUAUACAUUAUGAUGAUCUGGUUUUUGCUA